AUGUCCAAGCUAUCCUCGAGAGUUUCGACCUCUUUCUUGGAUCGCUUUCUAUGGAAACCAGAACUUGGCACUGAACCGACCUCAUCUGACUGGUCUUUUGACGGAGACAUGCUCGAUGACAUCCAGAGCGGGAUCUCCUAUGCAUUCCUUUGUGCAAACGAUACCAACACUGUUAUCGAGAAAACAGUCACUCUCCUUUCCCCUUAUCAUGGCGGAAAUACUGUCAUUGAUGCGGUGCUACGCAAUACUGCGCAGAAGGAAAACGCAGACGUUUUGGUGCUCGAUUCUUUGGUGCUAGCGGCAGGACGAUUUGGCGCUCUCGGAAAAGAUGGAGCUUUUGUUGAUGCGAUCUAUAGCCGUCUCCCUAUCGAACGGUUCACCGACGUUGAAGAUAUUCAACAAUUCUUUCCCGAUCUACUGUUGGCCGGUUUUGAAACCACACCUUCGGAUUCACUACCACGCCGGGUUAUCUAUGUGAGAGACUUUGGCACGAUCGCCUGUGCUGCAAUUCCCCUUAUGAUCUUCAUCUUCCGCGCCAUCAAAAACCUCCGCAACGCGCGUAAAGCGAAUUUGAUAGUCCUGUUCGGGAGCUCACGACCGCUUGGAAGGGAAGCAUGCCCACACUAUUACGAUUCAGCUCGUGGCUUUUACACGUUUAAUUGGACCUUUGAAGAGUCGGGCAUAUGCUCGGAUGAUUGA